AAGAACUACUGGUGAAACAAUAUAUUUUACAUUUAUUCUGUAACAAUAACUUCGAGGAUUGCCAAUAUAUUAUAUUUAUCUAAUUUCGAUCCAACUUAAAAUUAUAAAGAUUGAUUGCAGAAUAAUGGAAGACAAUAAACCAAAGAGAGGGAUUUUAAAAUCAAAAAAUAAUUACACACUCGCGGACAACAAAAUUAAAAAAACAGUGAGAUGGGAUGAAUCGAACAUCAAAAAGACAUCGCGACCGUAUAGCAGAGACUCUGAUAUCAGAUAUAAAGAGCCUUCAGUAUACGGUAUUGCGGAUGAUUCAUCCAACGAAGACAAUAACAAAUUGAAUACCGAAAUAUCGACAUUGGAUCCAGAGUCAUUUGAAGUAAAACAAAAAACAUUAUGCACCAGAAACAGUGAUGAAAAUCUGAGGGAUUCAGUUGCAACCAAGGCAUUCGAACUGAAGCGAAAAUUACACUAUAACGAAUAUUUCGGUGUGAAGCUUCUAAAAAUCUUUUCAAUGAUGAAGAGAAAGAAUUAAUAUUCAAUGGCUAUGUUUAUAAAUAUACAUUUCGGCAAUUCUUUUUCCCGUUAAAAUUAUCAAAAUUCAGCAUUAGAUAAAUAAUUGACGUUCAGUUGGGUAAAUAUUUCGAAAAACAGCAUUUUAUAAAUUUAUCUAAAAAUGAAAAACUAAAUUUGAAAGUUUCCAAGAGUAAAAUAUAUAUUAGCGUAUCAGAUUUUCACAAUUGCACGGAAAUUAAAAGAAGAAAAAGUUGCAACGUACUAUUUUAAAUUAAUAAGCAAAUAAAGACUAAAUUCA